AUUGAUCACCAACAACCAGGCUAUAUCUGCAACAAUUGGCUCUCUCAAGUACUUGGAGAGCGGGAGUCAUUUUACCAUAACGUGAAAUUCUGCCGGAAACAGACGCCAAACACAUGAACCGCAAACUCCCGCCGUUCCCCCACCUCACACUCCGCUUCUCCUCCUCCUCCAGCUCCGCAUCGCCUUCCCCGCCGCCGCCUCGCCGCCUCCCACCUCCAGUGCCACUACGUGACCUCCUCGCCCACCGUCUCCCACUUCUGCAUUCGCCCGCCCCUCCUCCUCGAUCGUCACCGCCGGUGCACCCUCACGCUGACCUCCUCCUCCGUCGCCGCAGCGGAGAGGCUACACCGGAGAGCCUCCACCUUGAGCUCGUGAAGCGAGGGCUCACCAAUGAUCUCUUCCUCUCAAACCAUCUCGUUAAUUCCUACGCUAAAAGCUCGCGUCUGGCCUGCGCGCGCCAGGUGUUCGACUGUAUGCUGGAACGGAACGCCGUUUCCUGGACCUGCCUGGUAUCUGGGUACGUGCUGUCAGGGAUCACCGAUGAGGCCUUCCGGGUGUUCCGCGCAAUGCUGGGGGUCGGUUCCGAGUGCAGCAGGCCCACGUCAUUUACCUUUGGGAGCGUGCUCCGGGCGUGCCAGGAUGCUGGACCAGACAAGUUGGGAUUUGCGGUGCAGGUCCAUGGAUUGGUAUCAAAGACUGUGUAUGCAUUGAAUACAACGGUGUGCAACGCCUUGAUCUCGAUGUACGGUAAUUGCUCUGUUGGUCUGCCCAUCCAAGCGCAGCAGGUGUUUGAUUCCACACCAGUCAGGGACAUCAUCACGUGGAAUGCCUUGAUGUCUGUCUAUGCUAAGAAAGGGCAUGUGGUUUCGACAUUUACCUCGUUCACGGCAAUGUUGCGUGAUGACUCAGCAAUUGAGUUGAGACCAAACGAGCAUACUUUUGGGAGCUUAAUCACUGCGACAACUGUGUCCUCCUGCAGCUCAAGAGUGCUUGAGCAAGUGUUUGCAAGGGUGCUCAAUUCGGGCAGCUCAAGUGACCUCUAUGUGGGGAGUGCUCUUGUUAGUGCAUUCGCGAGACAUGGCAUGCUUGAUGAAGCUAAGAACAUUUUUCUCAGUUUGAAAGAGAGAAAUGCAGUUACCUUGAAUGGUUUGAUCGUGGGCUUGGUUAAGCAGCACUGCAGUGUAGAAGCAGUUAGGAUUUUCAUGGGGACUAGGGAUUCAGUUGUUGUCAAUGCAGACACAUAUGUUGUGUUGCUCGGUGCGAUAGCGGAGUUUUCUGUACCAGAAGAUGGGUUGAUGAAAGGUACGGAACUCCAUGGGCAUGUUCUUAGAACUGGACUUAUUGAUUUGAAAAUUGCUAUCAGUAAUAGUCUGGUUAAUAUGUACGCCAAAUGUGGUGCCAUUGAUAAAGCCUGUAGAGUUUUCCAGUCGCUUUGUACAAGGGAUCGGGUUUCCUGGAACACCAUUAUCUCAGUUCUUGAUCAGAAUGGUUACUGUGAAGGUGCAAUGAUGAAGUACUGCAUGAUGAGACAAGAUUGUAUAAGUCCGUCAAACUUUGCAGCAAUUAGUGGCUUGAGUUCAUGUGCAAGUUUGAGACUUUUGUCUGUGGGCCAGCAAGUGCAUUGUGAUGCUGUAAAGUGGGGACUGGAUUUAGACACCUCUGUUUCAAAUGCACUAGUUAAAAUGUAUGGAGAAUGUGGAGCUAGGUCUGAGUGCUGGGAAGUUUUCAACUCUAUGGCUCAACAUGAUGUAGUUUCCUGGAACUCUAUCAUGGGUGUCAUGGCCAAUUUGCGAGCACCUAUUGCUGAAUCGGUAGAAGUUUUCUCCAAAAUGAUGAGGAGUGGGCUGGCCCCAAAUAAAGUUACAUUCGUUAACUUAUUGGCUACAUUGUCGCCAUUGUGUGUGCUUGAAUUGGGAAAGCAGGUUCAUGCUGUGGUGCUAAAGCAUGUAGCUAUAGAAGAUACUGCAGUUAAUAAUGCUCUAAUGUCCUGUUAUGCUAAGUCAGGAGACAUGGAUUCUUGUGAGCAGCUGUUUUCGGAAAUUUCUGGCAGAAGGGAUGCUGUCUCAUGGAAUUCAAUGAUUUCAGGGUACAUCUACAAUGGCCAUUUGCAGGAGGCUAUAGACUGUGUUUGGCUUAUGAUGCACAGUGACCAAGUGAUGGAUUGCUGCACCUUCUCCAUUGUACUGAAUGCAUGUGCCUCUGUGGCAGCGUUAGAGCGUGGAAUGGAGAUGCACGCUUUUGGUAUUAGGUCACAGCUCGAGUCUGAUGUUGUGGUUGAGAGUGCUCUUGUUGAUAUGUACUCAAAGUGUGGAAAGAUAGGCUAUGCCUCAAAGGUGUUCAGUUCCAUGAGUCAGAAAAAUGAGUUCUCAUGGAACUCUAUGAUUUCUGGUUAUGCAAGACAUGGUCUUGGAAGAAAAGCUUUGGAGAUAUUUGAAGAAAUGCAGCAAAGUGGAGCAAAUCCAGACCAUGUCACAUUUAUAAGUGUUCUAUCUGCCUGUAGUCAUGCUGGAUUGGUAGACAGAGGUCUAGAGUACUUUGAAAUGAUGGAGGACCAUGGUAUAUUACCUCAGAUUGAACAUUAUUCUUGUGUUAUAGACCUUCUUGGUCGAGCUGGCAAGCUCAUCAAGAUACGAGAAUACAUCAGAAGAAUGCCAAUGAAACCAAAUACUCUCAUAUGGAGGACUGUAUUAGUUGCUUGUCGACAAUGGAAGGACAGGGACAAGAUAGAUAUGGGGCUAGAAGCUUCAAGGAUGCUUUUGGAACUAGAACCUCAAAAUCCUGUAAACUAUGUUCUUGCAUCUAACUUUUAUGCAGCAACAGGAAGGUGGGAAGAUACAGCCAAAACCCGAGCUGUAAUGGGGGGAGCAGCAGUGAAAAAAGAGGCUGGUCGCAGUUGGGUAACCCUAGGUGAUGGGGUUCAUACCUUUAUUGCUGGAGAUAGAUCACAUCCGAACACCAAAGAAAUAUAUGAAAAGCUGAGUGUUUUGAUUCAGAAGAUAAGGAGUGCUGGUUAUGUUCCAAUGACAGAGUUUGCCCUGUAUGAUCUUGAAGAAGAGAACAAAGAGGAAUUGCUAAAUUAUCAUAGUGAAAAGCUUACAGUUGCCUUUGUUUUGACUCGCUCCUCCUCAGGUGUCCCCAUAAGAAUCAUGAAGAACCUUCGGGUUUGUGGAGAUUGUCACACGGCAUUUAGGUACAUAUCUCACGCUAUUGGCCGGCAAAUCAUUUUAAGGGAUGCCAUCCGAUUCCACCAUUUUGAGGAUGGUAAGUGUUCUUGUGGGGAUUACUGGUAGCUUGUUCAUAAGAUGGUAACAGUGACAAGCUAUUGUUAACCUCUUCGGACUUUGUCGUACCAGACAACCAGGUACAUGGUGUUUUUAACUUAUCUCGAAUUUGAGGUCAGUUUUGCUAUUCAAAGGUACAUGUAAUCUGUUCCAUUACCGUGAA